AUGCCACUGCAAUGUGCACGUGUUAUAAGGUCUUUAUGUGUGCAGCAUAACCCACGAGAUAGCCCGAGCAUGCCAUUUACAGUUCUAAUGCUAAGUGGUGAAGGGUCAUUGCCUCAAGCUCAAAAACCUUGUUCUUAUAGUGAAAGGGAUCUCAAUGAAUUCGAAGUCGGUCCUUCUUUUAAAGCAUUUUCAACAAAAGAAGGCAGGUGCUUCAGAUUUGGGGCAAAGACUCAUGAAGUUCCCAAAUUGUGUGAGGAAGGAUCUCCUAAAAUGCCACUGCAAUGUGCACGUGUUAUAGGGUAUGCAAUUACAAAGAGCAUGUGUUUUGUGUCGUUUUUGACCAUUGUGUGA